AUGCACAGAGUCCUGUCCAUGGAUGCAACACUUGCCCCGAGAGACCCCCAAGCUCCAGGCCAGUUUGGGCAUCCUGUUGCAGUCCCUGAUGAUAAACAAGAAGAAGCGAAAAGUAGAUGGAAAGAAGGAAACUUUAAUGUCUACCUCAGCGAUCUGAUCCCUGUGGACCGAGCCAUCACGGACACCAGGCCUGCUGGGUGCUCAGAGCAGCAGGUCCACGACGACCUCCCGACCACCACCAUCAUCAUGUGCUUCGUGGAUGAGGUGUGGUCCACCCUCCUCCGCUCCGUGCACAGUGUCCUCAGCAGGUCUCCUCCACACCUGAUUGAGGAACUCAUUUUGGUGGAUGACGCCAGCACCAAGGAGUACCUGAAGGAGCAGCUGGACAAAUACAUGUCACGGUUCCCGAAAGUGAAGAUCCUGCGGCUCAAGGAGAGGCAUGGGCUGAUAAGGGCCAGGCUGGCAGGGGCAGAGAUCGCCAAAGGUGCUGUCCUGACGUUCCUGGACUCACACGUGGAGUGCAAUGUGGGGUGGCUGGAGCCGCUGCUGGAGAGGGUUCACCUGCGCCGGACCAAGGUCGCCUGCCCCGUCAUCGAGGUCAUCAGCGACAAGGACAUGAGUUACAUGACCGUGGACAACUUCCAGCGCGGGAUUUUCACUUGGCCAAUGAAUUUUGGAUGGAGACAGAUUCCACAGGAGGUCAUCGAGAGAAAUAAAAUCAAGGAGACUGAUAUAAUAAGGUGCCCUGUCAUGGCAGGUGGUCUCUUUUCCAUCAACAAGAAGUACUUUUUUGAGCUGGGAAUGUACGACCCAGGACUGGAUGUUUGGGGAGGUGAAAAUAUGGAGCUUUCAUUCAAGGUCUGGAUGUGCGGAGGAGAGAUCGAGAUCGUUCCCUGCUCCAGAGUUGGGCACAUUUUCAGGAACGACAAUCCCUAUUCCUUCCCGAAAGAUCGGGUGAGGACAGUGGAGAGGAACCUGGCCCGUGUGGCAGAGGUCUGGAUGGAUGAGUAUAAGGAGCUUUUCUAUGGCCACGCUUACCACUUGAUCUUGAAAAACGUGGACGUGGGCGACCUGACUCAACAAAUCCAGCUGCGACAGAAGCUCCAGUGCAAGAGUUUCCAGUGGUACCUGGAGAACGUCUACCCGGACCUGGAAGCUCCCCUGGUCAAAGCCAGCGGGCUGCUCGUUAACAUGGCCCUGGCAGGAUGUGUCACUGUGGAAGGCACCACUCUGGUUUUUGAGGAGUGUGACGUGAACAACGCGAACCAGAAGUUCAACUACACCUGGCUGAGGCUGAUCCAGCACGGUGAGCUCUGCCUGGCCCCGUCGGGCGUCGUGGGAGCCCUGGGCCUGCGCCGCUGCCAGGGCAGGAGCCUCAGCCUGGCCUGGCUCCACGGGUCCCUGGCCACUGUCCAGCCAGGGCUGACCGACCACAUCAUCUCUGAGCACCAGCACCUCCCGCAGCCAGCUUGCUUGGAAGUGGAUCCCUCUUACAGAGCCCUGAGGGUGAAGGCCUGUGACUCCACAAACCCUUAUCAGAAGUGGCAGUUUGGCAGUUACCAUGCAGUCUGA